AUGACAAGUGGGACCCAGCCAAUAGCCGCGCGACAUGUGCAGCCAAUCAGCGGACGACAGCAGUUCGCAGCAACCAAACGCGUAAAGGUGCCCCGAAACUGCGAGAAACGGCUGAAGGCCGCCGUCUGGCUUAUAAAAGGAGGGUCAACCUGCGUCCUUCCUCCCCCCCAAAACUUGCUUUUUCCUAUCCUCUCUCCCCUCCCCUUCCUGCGUGGUUGUCUAGUUUCUCGAAAGAGAGCAUCCACUAUGAAAUCACGAACAUCUUCAGCACUGCGCUGGAUAGCGCUUUGGCUGGCCAUUGUGGCAGCCUGCUGUGUAGCGAACGUCUCAGCAGCGUCUGAGGAUGCUGCUGCAGGACCUAUUAUCGGUAUUGACUUGGGUACAACGUACAGUUGUGUCGGUGUUUACAAGAACGGCCGUGUUGAGAUCAUCGCGAACGACCAAGGAAACCGUAUCACACCAUCAUACGUCGCCUUCACCGAUGAAGAACGUCUGGUCGGAGAUGCCGCGAAAAACCAAGCACCAAUGAACCCCCAUGAUACCAUCUUCGACGCCAAACGACUUGUUGGUCGCCAUUUUACCGACAAAGAAGUUCAGCAGGACAUGAAGCACUGGCCCUUCACUGUCGUCAACAAGAACGGCAAACCUAUCAUCAAGGUCAAUGUGAAGGGAGAGGAGAAGACUCUGACUCCCGAAGAAGUUUCCGCUAUGGUUCUUCAAAAAAUGAAGGAAAUUGCGGAAGGAUACCUCGGGGAGAAGAUUACACGCGCUGUGGUUACCGUUCCCGCCUACUUUAACGAUGCUCAGCGUCAGGGCCCCAAAGAUGCUGGUAUUAUUGCUGGUCUCAAAGUCGAACGUAUCAUCAACGAACCAACCGCCGCUGCGAUCGCUUACGGCUUGGACAAAAAGGGCGGCGAGCGCAACAUUCUUGUAUACGAUCUUGGUGGUGGUACAUUCGAUGUGUCGCUUUUGACCAUUGACGAUGGUGUCUUUGAGGUACUUGCGACCAGCGGUGACACCCAUCUCGGUGGUGAGGACUUUGACAACCGUGUCAUUGAGCACUUUGUCAAGUUGUGGAAAAAGAAGACUGGCAAGGAUGUCACCAAGGAUCCCAAAGCCAUGGGCAAGUUGAAGCGCGAAGUAGAGAAGGCCAAGCGUGCUUUGUCCUCCCAAAUGUCUGUCCGUGUCGAAAUCGAAUCCUUCCACGAUGGCCAAGACCUUUCUGAGACUCUUACUCGGGCCAAAUUCGAAGAACUCAACAUGGAUCUGUUCAAAAAGACCAUGAAGCCCGUCGAGAAGGUAUUGAAGGACGCUGGAUUGUCCAAGAACGACAUCCAAGAUAUCGUCUUGGUUGGAGGUUCUACUCGUAUUCCCAAGGUUGUUCAGCUUUUGGAGGAUUUCUUCAACGGCAAGAAGGCCAGUAAGGGUAUUAACCCUGACGAAGCCGUCGCCUAUGGUGCCGCAGUUCAGGCUGGUAUUCUUCUCGGUGACAGCCCUGAACUCAACGAUGUACUCCUCGUUGACGUGAACCCUCUCACCUUGGGUAUCGAAACUACUGGUGGCGUGAUGACGAAACUGAUUCCUCGUAACACUGCCGUGCCCAACAAGAAAUCUCAAAUCUUCUCUACUGCUGCGGACAACCAGCCUACCGUCUUGAUCCAAGUGUUCGAGGGCGAGCGUCCAUUGACCAAGGACAACAAUCUUCUCGGCAAAUUUGAACUUAACGGCAUUCCUCCAGCUCCUCGAGGGGUUCCUCAGAUUGAAGUUACUUUCGCACUUGACGCGAACGGUCUCCUUACAGUCUCAGCCGUGGAUAAGGGCACAGGCAAGAGUGAAUCCAUUACAAUCAAGAACGACAAGGAUCGCCUGAGUCAGGAAGAGAUUGACCGCAUGGUACAAGAGGCCGAGAAGUUUGCCGAAGAGGACCGUCUCACCAAGGAGAAAAUCGAAGCCAAGAACGCUUUUGACAGCUAUGUGUACUCUUUGAAGAACCAGCUCUCUGACGACUCCCAGCUCGGUGGUAAACUUGAGGGUGACGACAAGAAGCAAAUCCAGGAUGCAUUGAAGAAGGCGCAAGACUGGUUGGAGGCCAACGGUGCCACCGCUACGAAGGAGGACCUCGAAGAGCAGAAGAGCGAACUCGAGGCUGUGGUGAACCCCAUCACUGCCAAACUCUACCAGCAGACUGGUGAAGAAGGUGGUGCAUCGGAGGAAGAAGCCCACGACCACGACGAAUUGUAAGACUGUCGAGUCUUUGGGAAUGGGUGUUGGAAUUUGGGGGCACACUGCAUGUUAUUUGAUUAGACGUCCUCAUGUGAGCCGCAGAGCACUGUGUAGUGAUUCUCUGAAAAUCUGCUUGGAUUUCAUAUAGCUCUAUUAUGCUUCCAACGUGUAUAAAUGGGGAUGGUUGGCUAUUUUCUUUUGCUUGUUACAUAGAACACGUUUUCACGUUUCUCCUUUUUCAUUCUUUUGGAUUGACUGUCUUUUUAUUUUACCAUUGUAUUGUAUUGUUAUCUGGUUGCAAAUCACAAUGUUUCAUGGUAGCCUUUAGUGUAGAGGUGACAGAAAAUGGCACUAGCUACUACACCAGGGAAUAAACCGGCGACAACCGGUUCG